AUGGCUCCUCCUGAAGGGACUCCUGCGGUGCACGCUGCGGCUGCUGCUUUUCACGGGAAGAAGCCUGCUGAUGCGUGUCCUGAGCCAGUUACGCCGAAGACGUUGUUCAACGGUGUGGCGGCUCCUUGUGGCAAAGAAGAGAUUAAGGUGUUGACGGCUCGCACCUCGGCACUACGCAUCAAUGACCAGCCAGCAGGGUGCACUGCGAACGUCAGCAAUAACGGCAAAAAGGCAGCGGGGAAGUCAGCUUGCCGGAGUGUGCUGGAUAAAGGGAAGACCAAGACGCAAGAUGUGGAGGAGGACGGCGGUUACCUCAGUGACGAUCCUGACGAGUGCCAGGACCCGCUGGUGCUGAAUGAGAUCGCGGAGCAAGCUGGGGGGGUGCCGGUGGUGAUCUCACCGGUGAUGAUUCGCAAGAACCCGGUGACUGCGAUGUUGCUGAAGCGUGGUCGCACAUCGUUCCUGGAUGGGUCUGCUUUCCACCGCGUGCUGGAUUCGGUUUCGGGGUCGGACACUGACAAGAUUAAGGGCCUGGUUUUCAGGCACCCGGGAGAUAAGUGGUCGCAGCAGCAAACCUCCCGGCUCACCUCUGUAUCGUCCCCCCCCCACGCAGCUGCUUCCAUGAAGCUGUCAUCAGCAAUGAAGACUCUGCUAGCAGACCUGGCGAUGGCUUUCAUCUCCACGGGAGGGGUGCGAGAGGAGUGGCCGUGUGCACAGGAGGACUGCGGGAAGGCCCAUGAUACCAGCUUCGAGAAGGCGGUGGAGCAUGUGCAGUCAGUCCGCCACGGCACCGGCCUACUCAAGGCGGGAGCAACGAGGGGAAGCAGAACCUGGGGAUCUGCAAGAGAAGGAGAAGCAAUUGUAACAUCGGCAUGA